AUGAACGCGUCGACGUCUUGGACAGGCAUUCCACGUGACGACCGCGAGCAAGAGCGCCUCAGACUUGAACAUCAGCUGUUUAGCAACAUUUCCUUUGACAACGUUGCAGAAGAUAGCGGCCACCGUCUUGGUCUCGAGCCAUACGACGAGGAAGACGAAGAAGAAGAUGGCUCUCGAUUCUCCAUCGAGUAUCCACGGAAUCCCCACGUUCAUUCACGCGAUUACAGCGUCCCCGACCAUUUGUAUCCAGCAGACGACGCAGACGACGGGGAGACAAAGAGCAGCAUGGCGCAUCACGCAAGCGCUGUGACAUUUCGUACAGGUCUACGAGGUCGCGCACGCGACCAAUCGCACGAUCUCAGCAAUGUCGAGUAUGACCCAGACCGGCCAUUGGACGCACUCCUCCGUGGUACAUCAAACCUAUCCAUCCUGAGGGACUCUCCUCGCACCAACAAGGAACAAUCCUCAUCGCAUAGUCGCAGCGAAUUCACUAAACGUGCGCGGGGACUAGGAAAGCAAAUUGACGAAGAAAAAUCGCGUCGUUAUCCAGUCGUACAUGAUUUAGACGAAGACUCUGUUCGAGCGACAGUACCGGCCCCGGCUGUUGCCUUCUCAAAGAAUCUAGCAGCGAACAUGGCCCCUGCACGCGUUUUCCCUGCAUUUGCGCGUGUCCAGCUUCCUGAUGUCACUGGCAUCACUUCUGCUGUCGCGACGCCCCACAAGGGUGAUGCGUCUUUUAAACGAUUCUCGUCCUCAGCAAGCAAACAAGGCGUGCAAUUUAGACUCCACUCGGCGUCGUCUUCCCGAAAGGACUCGCUCUCCCAGUCGACAAGCAAGCGUCCGCGUGAUGCGGACAAAAAUACCGAGGCCCUAGAAGACCUCACAAAGCGUUUGGGCCUCAUUGAGCGGGAGAAUGCCACGAGUCGGAGAAGAGUCAACGAGCUUGAAAUGGAACUCGAAGCAUGCAAAGAAGAGGUCGCGCAGGAGAAGACAAAACUCAUGGAGCUGACGCGCAACGGCAACGUCUAUGAACGUGGUGCUCGCUCCAACAGUUUGGGCUCCAAGACGAUUACACCUGCGACUGUCAACCAAGGGAAUGUUUCGCUGCGAGAGAGCGAGAGACGGUAUCGCGAGGCUGUCGAAGAGAAGAAGGCGCUGGAAGACCUCGUCACCAGUCUAAGGGCGCACCUUACGCGCAUGUCUGAAAAGGUCUCCAACCACCACGACAUUAUCAACACUCUUCGAACCACACGCGAGCAAGAUGCGCACGAGUUGCGCAUGAAGUGUUUGGAGAUUGACCGCCUUCGUUCUGACGUUGACACACUUCAAGAAGACGUUGUUCGUUUACGCGAAGUUGUCGAAGAUGGACUCAAGGAGCGUAAACGAGAUGAACCGAGUCUCAUUGUCAUCGAACGACCACAAGUGGACGUGACCGCUGAAGAAGAGGAAAGUACAUUUGACAAUUCUCUUCUCCGACGGCCUGCGCCGGUACCACGAAGGGCUGAACGACAUGAAGUGCUGAGUGCCGUGAUGGAAGAAGACGAACCCCUGUCGAGAUCGGCAACGACGGUGCGCAGUGCAGAACCACAACCUACGGUACCCAUGACGGCGUCGAAUGGGAACCGGUUUGUGCAGGAUGCAGAACUGGAGCGCGUUCGAGCAGAGAUGGAAGAACGAAGGUCGAUGCGUUCCAUGAACGCGUCUUCCUCUCGGUCCAUUGAACGAAGCGCCGCCGGUUCGCCACCACCCCAGCUCCAUCAACAAACCACGUUUGCCAAACGCGCACCGAGACAAGCGCAGGUUCAGAACACACCUCCACGACCGUUGACGCCGGAUUCGGAUAGUCAACGGCCGUCACCCCGCAUCGGUUCCCAGCGACCCAAGUCCAUGUUGGCGUCAUCGGCUGGGGAUGUGCAUGGACGCGAGAGGGAAGGACGAGAGUCGCCGGUACCAAUGCCGCAGAUUCGGGGCGAACGACUCGAGCGAUUGUUCCACGCUGCGCCUGCGCACAAUGAACGGACGUGUGGUGUAUGUCAUCGACGUAAACGGAGCUCGAAGCACCAUUCGUCUUCCCAUCCUCAUCGACGACACUCUUCUGCGCGCCAGCAUCACCAUCAAGAAGAAGACGUGGAGGAAGAAGAGAGGUUGUUGGAUGGGGAUGCGGGCGAGUGCCAGUUUGUGAAUGGGGAUGAGCGGUUUAUUGCGGACAUUGCCCGACGAAGGGGGAUUCCGCCACAGACGGUGCUCGCAAGGGUGUUGAGAGAGCUCGAGGAUGAUUUUACGCAUUACAAGGCGAUCUACGUCGAGCUUGCAGACGAAUACAAAGCGAUGGACGCCGCGUCGGACAUGUCAAAGCGCAACUUGUUGGCAAAUCACUUGCGAGAAGUGAUUGAUGUGCUUGAGCAAAAGGGCGAUCAAAUUGCGUCGUUGUAUGAUCUCCUUCAUUUCGAGGAUAAGCCACUCCCGUCGUCAUCCUCGCCGAAACCCACUUCGUCGACGCGACGGAGGCUCAGUUAG